AUGGUAGGGGCAGGUACCGCCUCCCUGUUCUACAAUUUGCCCUUUCAAAAAGUCAGAGCACAAUCCCAUAAAGCAGGUUCAAAUUUGAACGAAAAAGAUAUUCAUCACCCAGUGGUACAGGAGCACGUAUCCUCAAAAAGUGAAAAAGAAAAAAAACAGGUUCAUGAGUUACAAGAGGAAGCAAAUAACAAGAAUUUUUCAUCUGAGAUUUCCACACUUGAGUCAGAUUGGUUACCCUACAACCCAAGAGGACAGAGGGAUAUACCCAGGUUGGAUUUACUUACUCUGAAAAACAGCAGUAUUAAUGGAACUCAGGAUCAGACAACAUUUGAACAACCCAACUUCCAAAACAUCAUCUCCAGUACAUUCAUCAAUACUCACUCCAUAUCACAUCAAGGGAAACACACAGCAGUGACAGUGCCUGUGCAGCACAUGAGUGAAAAUAUAAACAGUGGCAUUUUUAAAGUACCAAGGCUUCUGUCUAACACACUUGCUGUGAAAAAUAGCACAAUCAACCUGCUAAGCAUGACUUCAAUUCCAGAGGAAUCUUCUUUACUGGAAGCAACUGAAAGUGAAGUUCCAUCACAAGUUUGCCCAUCUAAAGAGAACCCACUGACAAAUACACCUACCAUCCGACUUACGACCGAGUUCGGUUCCGAGAAACCGGUCGUAAGUCGAAAUGGUCGUAAGUCGAACUUUACUACUGAAUAUCAACAAAACAUUUUUGUAAUGACUUUAUUUUAUUGUUUUAUUUUGGUAUUUCAUGUUUUACUUUACUUUUUAUGUUGUUAGUACUGCAUUUUAUACUGUAAGGUUUAGGCUAAACACUGUGUACAACACAAAUAGUUGUUUAUUUCCCAGAAAUUUGGCAUAAAAAAUAGUCGUAAGUCGAGUGGUCGUAAGUCGAGCAGGUUGUAAGUCGGAUGGUAGGUGUACAUUGAACCAAACUAUUUUAAACCCUCCAAGAUCAUCAUCUGCUCAUAGUCAAACAUUGUAACGCACAGAUUGAAAAGGCCAUUCAAGCUGCUCAUAGUGGUCCUCCUUCAAAUACCAGAAAAGAAAUAGACAAUCAAGUUCAUUGCAAGAGAGACAUCAAGGAAACUCUAGAAGAUAAUCACAGUGCUAUUGCAGUGACUGCCACACAGGAUCCAUCUAUUAAUAAGACUACAAACAAUAAUGGUUAGUAUAAUGUUUCAUAAAUAAUUUUGUGUACCUUUAUGAUUAUUAUUAUUAUUAUAAUCAAGGGGGAAGCGCUAAACCCGGAGGAUUAUACAGCAUGUACCUUUAUGAGUAAUUCAAUUUUACUUAUGCAUCCUCACAUUUUCUUUGUACUAUUGGAGUAAUGCAAUAGUUAUUUACUGUAUAAGAUAGAUAUGGUCAAAUGUGCAAACAUAGGUACAACACUGAUCUUGGCUUCCUAAGACCCCUCCCUUUUUUUUUUUCUUUUUAAAGUCGGUGCCGGAUCAGUCGGGGUGUGCUUCGUACAUUGGACUACGUGUGGCCAGCAGUAACAGCCUGGUUGAUUAGGCCCUGAUCCACCCGGAGGCCUGGUCGUGGAUCAGGGCGGGGGGGCGUUGAUUCCCGGAAUGCUCUCCGGGUAGACUCCAGGUAGGGUAUACAAUGUGAAAUGGUUUUGAAAACUGACAAGUUGAAGAUUGAGACACUUAUGCAACAUAUGGGACUCUUUAUUAAGGUAACGUUUUGCCACAUAGUGGCUUUUUCAGUCCAAUACAAAGCAGAAAGGGGUAAGGAGAGGAGUUUGAAGUAAUCAGUCCCUCAACCUGAGGGACUGAUUACUUCAUCUUUGUACAAGGAUGGUAUACAAUACCGACAAAAUGAAAACUGAGACACAUGUGCAACAUCUGGGUAUCUUUCUUGUGGACUUUUCGCCAUCCAGUGAAUUUCAAUAAGAUUCUAGGACAUAAUUUGAAGACAGAACUACAUUAUAUACAAAAGAUGAGGUAAUCAGUCCCUCAGCCUUGGAGUUGGUGUGAAGAGCACCCUAGUCAUGAAGAUUCCAGAAUCUUCAUGACUACGGUGCUCUUCACACCAACUCCAAGGCUGAGGGACUGAUUACCUGGAGUUUACCUGGAGAGAGUUCCGGGGGUCAACUCCCUCGUGGCCUGGUCUGUGACCAGGCCUCCUGGUGGAUCAGCCUGAUCAACCAGGCUGUUACUGUUGGUAUAUAGUUCUACUACCUUCCAAUUAUGUCCUUGAAUUUGUAUUGAUAAAGCCCCUGGAUGGCAAAACAUCUACAAUAAAGAUACCCAGAUCCUGCACGUGUCUAAUUCUUCAUCUUGCCGGUAUUGUAUACCAUACAGAGCCUCAUUCACAUACUUGUCAGUAUUACCGAUGUGUUGUGAACUGCUUUAUUGAUCAGGUAGUUAACCAGGAUGUCAGGUCAGAAAGCAAGCCAUAUGGGGGAUGAUAAUCUCCCAAGGUACUCAAGACAAUUUUAAGUUCCACAUUGAGUUGUUAAUUAGGUUAACAUCUUUCCGCCUUAAUACUAUGGCUACACAGACAAGUAGGUCCCACUGGUGAGCCAACGAUCACUGAGGCAUGCCACUGGCUACCUUAGUUUUAGCUAUGUUAGUAGACCUUAUUAUCUAAGGCAGUGCAUGCAAGCGGAUGCUACAUUAUGUGCUUACCAUAGGGGUAAUGACAUCACUGAGUGGGUCGCCAUAUGACAGUCCAGUGUCGGGUAGUUUCAUAUAUCAUGAGAUGCAAUAUUAAUGAAGGCUAACUUCAAACAACUUGAAAUGAUACAAAGGAUUCACCAGCUGGUGCCAUCACUAGGUAGCUGUGGGAUUGGGGAGGACAGCAUCACUUGGCACCCCACCUAUUGUAACUUUAACUCUUCAGCACUUCUACCCCCUCCCCCAUUUCCUAAACCCCAUCCCUCCCAUCUUCAGUCCUUCA